UCCCAUUUGGGUGAUUUUUAGGAUCUUUUCACCACUCCAAGACCAUUUCUUGGUGGUUUUUAGGAUCUUUUCAUCACUCCAAGAUCCCAUUUGGGUGAUUUUUAGGAUCUUUUCACCACUCCAAGACCAUCUCUUGGUGGCUUUUAGGAUGUUUUUAUCACUCCAAGAUCCCAUUUGGGUGAUUUUUAGGAUCUUUUCAUCACUCCAAGACCAUCUCUGGGUGAUUUUUAGGAUGUUUUCACCACUCCAAGACCAUCUCUGGGUGGUUUUUAGGAUCUUUUCAUCACUCCAGGAUCCCAUUUGGGUGGUUUUUAGGAUCUUUUCAUCACUCCAGGAUCCCAUUUGGGUGAUUUUUAGGAUCUUUUCAUCACUCCAAGAUCCCAUUUGGGUGGCUUUUAGGAUCUUUUCACCACUCCAAGACCAUCUCUGGGUGGUUUUUAGGAUGCUCUCACCAAUCCAAGGCCAUUUCUUGGUGCACUCCAGGAACUCUCACCACUCCAAGGCCAUUUCUUGGUGCACUCCAGGAACUCUCACCACUCCAAGACCACAUUUGGGUGCAUUUUAGGAACCUCUCACCAUUCAAAGUGGUUUUUAGGACGUUUCCGCCACUCCAAGACCACAUUUUGAUGGGUUUUAAGACGCUCUCACCACUCCAAGGCCACACUUUGGUGCAUUUUAGGAACCUCUCACCACUCCAGGACCAUCUCUGGGUGAUUUUUAGGAUGUUUCCACCACUCCAAGGCCACAUUUCGGUGCAUUUUAGGAAUCUCUCACCAUUCAAAGUGGUUUUUAGGACGUUUCCACCACUCCAAGGCCACAUUUUGGUGCAUUUUAGGAACUUCUCACCAUUCAAAGUGGUUCUUAGGAUGUUUCCACCACUCCAAGACCAUCUCUGGGUGGUUUUUAAGACGCUCUCACCACUCCAAGACCAUCUCUUGGUCAUUUCCAGGAACUCUCACCACUCCAAGACCACAUUUCGGUGCAUUUUAGGAACUUCUCACCACUCCAAGACCACAUUUGGGUGCAUUUUAGGAGCUUCUCACCACUCCAAGACCACACUUGGGUGCAUUUUAGGAAGUUUCCAUCACUCCAAGGCCAUCUCUGGGUGGUUUCCAGCAACUCCAGCAACACUCCAAGGCCAUUUCUUGGUGCACUCCAGGAACUCUCACCACUCCAAGACCACACUUUGCUGGGUUUUAGGAUGUUUCCACCACUCCAAGACCACAUUUUGGUGCAUUUUAGGAACCUCUCACCACUCCAAGACCACAUUUGGGUGCAUUUUAGGACGUUUCCACCACUCCAAGACCACACUUUGCUGCUCCUCACCACUCAGAGAGACCCCCACUCUUUCCUCUACCACUUUUUUCCACCUCAACCAGCGAGACACCCCUCAAAAUAAACCAACCAACCAAAAGCAAGCCAAAAAAAAAAACACCUGCCAAAGGAAAACACACAGAGGACACAGGACACGCACAGGAGGAGGAACGACCCCAUCCCGGACAAGGAACCCCCUCCCUGGGGGGUUUUUAACCCCCUUUUUUUGUGGUGUUUUGAACCCCCCCCCCCCAAAAUUGGGGGCCCCCCUUGUGACUGUCCCCCCUGUGCCGCUGCAGGGCCCGUAGCGCGCUCGGAGCCUCGAGGGGGAAGGGGAAAACCCCCCAAAUCGGGGCCAAAACGGACUUUUUUGCCCCCCCCUUGACUCAGCUAGCCCGGUGGGAACCCCAACAAGAGGCAGCGCCAGCCCUCC